AUGUUUGCUGGUGCCCUCUCCCUUCAAGCUACCGUACUCGAACGAACGACUGCUACCGUACUCCGGCAUAAGCCGACGAAUAAGCGGCUCGCCUACGGGAUUCUCGCGGCGAUUCUCGUCGCCGCCACAACUCUCACCGUCGUCUCGGCGUCUCUCGACAUCUAUUGCUAUUUCGCCGCCAGUGUGGUGUCAUUGGCGACGAUUUUGCCGGCGCAUUACGCGAAUUUGCGCGUCAACGUGCAUUUGUACAACGACGGCGGCGGUCAAAGCGCGUUCUACUCGCUGAGCGAACGAUUCCGAUUGGCCGACAAUAUCAAAAAAGGGCAGGUGAUUCUUCGCAUUGUAGCGCUGAUUUUGAUCUACGAAUUCCUCAAAAUUUUGCCAAUUUUGAUUUUUUGCUCGCAUUUUUCGCGUGGCGUCGACUCACUGGCCAACACGCUUUUCGAUGCUCUCAAAAUUGUCUUCGGGUUUAUCGGUCCCUAUUUGAUCAUCAAAAUGUGCCCGAAAAUGACCGAGGAAUUUCGAAAACGAUUUUACGGGAAAAAGAUUCGCAACGUCAAUAUAAUGUCGAUAUCAAAUUCGGUUCGCGAAGCAUUGAAGCUCAAAAACGUUUCCGGACAGGAAAUUGUGACGUCGAUGAAUCAGAAUUUGUACUUCAAUAAUUUGCAUCGCGUCUGGGAAAUUGAGCACCCGACACAUUAG